AUGGCUGGAGGCAAAGGAAAGGCUGGCAAGGAUUCAGGAAAAUCUAAGUCUAAAGUGAUUUCGCGUAGUGCCCGAGCUGGUCUCCAGUUUCCAGUUGGACGUAUUCAUCGUUUCCUCAAGCAAAGAACGACAUCUACUGGUCGUGUUGGAGCAACCGCUGCUGUUUACAGUGCUGCUAUUCUUGAGUAUCUCACUGCUGAAGUGUUAGAGUUAGCUGGUAAUGCUUCCAAGGAUCUCAAGGUGAAAAGAAUCACCCCUAGGCAUCUUCACCUUGCUAUUCGGGGUGAUGAAGAGCUCGACACGCUUAUCAAGGCAACUAUUGCUGGAGGAGGAGUUAUCCCUCACAUCCAUCGCUACUUGAUGAACAAGAAGGGUCAGCCACAACCGGGACAGAAGGUCGCACCCCCACCUUAG